AAAAAACGAAAAAGGAAAUCAAUAAUUCAUAUUCGGCAACAAGCAAGGAUAUUUUAAGAUGUCUCUUCACUCGAGUCCGGAAUGUAUGUUAAAAAUGGCAGAAAUCACAGACGUUUUGGAAGUGAUCCGCGAAGAUCAUGCUUCCAUAACGCCUUCGAUGACAAUCAAUGCUUCUGGACCAACAGCUGCCCAAGAAAAUGAAAACAAAGAAAACGAUAAAGUUGUAUUUUGUCCAUGCAAAGCCGCCAUAGACGCGGAAUAUGAAGAGAAACUCGCUGAAGAAAUAAAAAAAAAGUUAAGUCAAAAAGAAAUGGAAAUGGAGGGAUUAAUUCAAGAGAGGCUCAAGAAUGAGGUGGAACGUUUGAAAGACCGAUUCGAAUUCAUACUGCAAAACGAACAAGUAAGAACUUCGUACAUGUUACGAGAAGCACACAGAGAACGCAAAGAGAAAAUAUCAGCUCUUCAAACUCAGCUGGAAUGCAAGAAUUUGGCAGGUUUGAUGUACAUCAUGUGCUCCGAGAGACGGAAGAGUAAACUUGAAAAAAUGAAGUUAACUGAAGAAUACACCAAUUAUAUACAAGGCUUGCAGAAUAUUUUAGCUGAGAGCCAAUCUCUUAUAUUGCGUCUCUCGCGAGGUUACAAGACUGCAGCUAGAGUUGAUAACGAAUGGCGAGAGAAGAUGAUGAAAGUUGUUAAGCAUUUCCAAAAUUUCGUAAACAAUUUCGUCGGAGGAACUUCAGAAGCGAACCAGUUUCUGCUCGAUUUACCAGCCUUAUUUAAGAUAGAUGCACCCAUAGAAGAUAAUCCCCAAGAAGAUCCAUGCGAAGAUGAAGAAAUUCCCGUUAAAGAAGAAAUUGAGCCUAGUAAGCAAUGGUGGGAGAUGAUGGAUGAUGAUAAUCGACCAUUCGUCAUGUUUGGAGACAUGGCUGACUUCAAUCCGCCGCAACGAAGAGAAGUAUUAAAAUCUGUGAAAGCUGCUAAAUCAGCGCCAAAGAAGUGGAAAGAAUACGUUUUCAAUGAAAUGUUCCUGAAAUCGAAAUGUCCGCACUCGGACGUCAUAAAGAAUGAAUACUUGAGAGGAAUGCCUUCGCCCGGAAAAUGGGAGUGCACCCAAACAGAACAUCAGACAUUUUCGCAUGGAUCCGAAACGAGCCGACGUAUAACAACCGCUUCUGUUGACAUCCGUGCCAACAUGGGGUCUAUCUUAAAAAUGAUUACGUCAAAUGGAACACCACAUACACAUAAAAAUACACUACUCGGAGCAAGAGAUUCCAUGGAAAUUGCAUCGACGACAAAAUUGCGAGAAAAGCAAAGACAGACGAUCGAUCAUGGAAGAGUUGUGCUUAAUAUUGGAAAUAAAAUCGACUCAAUCUUUAAUGAAAUGUAUUCGGAAGCAGGACCAGAACAUGAAGAGGUAGAAGAACAUGAACCGGUACCCAGGGAGACCGCGUCUCAAAUGGAAGAUGAAGACGUCGGCGAUGAAUCAAUGUCAACUCUUGGAAGCGUACAUAACGACAGCUUGCAAAUAAUUUCACACGUGCCAGACCUUGAUCACAAGAUUAAUUACGAAAAGAUUUGUCCAAUGGAGAAAUGUCAGAAGUUACAAGUGGACUCGUUCAUACGGAGUCUCCCCGCAUAUAUGCGGGCCAGUCCAUUCACGCACAUUGAACAGACUUACGACGAAUACGAAGCUUGCUCGCCAGAACAACUGGAAAUCCUAAAAAAGAGAAUAGAAGAGAAGAAAAAGAGAGAAAAGGUUGAUUUCGAUGUAACCGAAAUAAAUCCUCUGCUAUCCUGGACGCCCAGUCUAGAUGGAGUAGCUGUGCAGACAUCAGACAUAUCAAUGUCGUUACCACCCUGCACCUGUCGAGUACCAAGUCCAUCACCAGUGUCUAGCACACAACACGUCUUUACUGUGGCAGAUUUGAUUCCCGUUAAACAAAAAGUUAACGAAAUCGAUGCGGAAUGUUUCUUCGAUGAUAGCAUUGAAUUUAAUCGAUUCAAAGUUAUUGGACGAGAUGAGAGUAGAGAAAAUACGUAUGAUAAGGUUAAGAAUUCUACCCGAAAUAGAUUGCAUGAGAUCAAAAACAUAUUAAAACAACACCCAAGCCUGUACGACAUAUUUCAAGCAAAUAUUCGUUGUUGA